GAUUCACAUAUCCAAAUGGCAGCUACUGCUUCACCUGGAUGCCUCAUAGCCAUUUCACAUCCACCUAGUCAUUCAAAGUAGAAACCGGCAGGUAACUAUGAACCCCCAAACACCACCUUCUUCACUUUGUGUAUCUAAUGAAGCACCAAGCUGUGACUCUUUUACCUCCUGAAUACUACUCUCCCCUUCUCUCCAGCCCUACGCUUCCCACAUUAGUUCAGGUCCUCAAGAUCUUUCCUAGAGGUUUACUACUCAGAGUGUGGGUUGUGGAUCAACACCAUUGGCAUCACCUGGGAACUUGUUAGAACAAAGACUCUCAGGCCCCACUGCAGACCUACGGAAUCAGAAUCUGCAUUGUAACAAGAUCUGUAGGUGAUUUGUACUGAAUAAGUUUUGAGAAGCAAUUGCCACAACCUCCUAACUACUCUUUCUGUCUCCAGUUUUGUUUCCCCAAACCCACCCCCAAUUUAACCACUAGAGUGUUUCAUUUAAAGUGUAAGUAUUUCCAUGUCAUUCCCCUUCUUUAAAACCCUUCAUUGUUCCUUCAUCUUCUAAAUAUAAAAUCUAAGCUUCAUAGCUCUCCACCAUCUUGUUUCUGCCUGCCUUCUCCAGGCUUAUCCCCUGCUACUUCCUGGCAUGAUCUAUGUGAGUCAGUACCUGCAAACCACAUAUGGUUUCCAGAAACUGUUACCCUAUUUUUUGUGUCUGUGUCCUCGUUCAUGCUGCCACUUUGUCUAGAAUAUCCCCAUAACACUUCUCCUGGCUAACUCCCACUCAUUCACUUACUUCAAGGUUAAUCUUAUGUGCUUCCUUAACCUGCAUUUCUAAUUAUCUCUUCAUGUGUCUGUCUCCAAUUAGAAUGUAUGGUGUUUGAGGCAAGGGACUUCAUCUAAUUCAUCUAUAUUUCCAGUGCUAUAGAUAGAAACUGGCACAGAAAUAGGCCCACUUCAGUAGAGAUUAGCUUAAUAUAUGUAUCAGAGAACUAUUAAUUAUCUUUAUUUGUUGAGUGUUUAUCCUGUUUUCUACUCUUCCAGGUUUCUACUUAGUGUGAUUCAGCAUAUCCCAGCAAGUUACAUAGAGAUAUGUGUUUUUAUCUAGUAUUAGGAAGAAUGUUGAUUUAGGCAAGUGUAGAAAUGCAAAUGAUAGGGUUUCUGAAAAUAGGAGUAUAUGUUCAGAGAAAUGACAACUUUCACUUGUUAAGGUAUUUUUCCCGUUGCUAGGUUGAGUGUAUCUGAAAUAAGUGGCUUCUAAUUUUGUAGCAUUAGGUAAAUUUGAACUGAGUUUUAACUAUGAGAAGUGUGUGCACUCCUGUCACUUCUAAAUGGGGAGGGCCAUUUUGGCACUCUGAAGUUUUAAUGUUAUUAGAAUGAGGAAAGAAGGAUUUUGAUGAAAUUCUCAUCUGAUGGUGGAGGAGAGGGGAUGAUCAUCAGCAUAAUUUUAUCCAGUCAUUGGAAUCACUUUACAUUAGCCUCUGAAGCAAGAGCUCAGCAUAUUUUCAACCCUACCUUGGCUCUUUCAUUUUGAGAGUAGUAAACAUUUGAACAUUUAAAAAUACCUGGAGAAUUUUAAUUAGCUAAUGAGAAUUUCAAACAACAGUAACAGCAGAUGCCCUCAUUACAAGUGAGCAAGUGGUAAUAAUUUAACAUAUGCCACCUUAACUGUUUCACUCAUCACCCAUUUUCUACUGUCUGCCUUCCUCUCCAUCUGCUGUUGUUUAUAUAUGUUUCUCCCAUAUCUAAUCUUUCUCUUUUUCUUCAUCAUUCUCACUGCUUUCUUCAUAUCCCUCAUCCAGCUCAGAUCUUAUUAGCACAGGAAUGGCUACCAUAACGAUAUGGAACUAAACAUUUAGUAUGAGAACCUAUGUUUGCCAUAUUUGUAGUAUUGCUUUUACAUCUUUAGAUAUGUUCCGGUCCCACAUGCAAGGAAGUGAACAUCAAAUUAAAGAAUCCAUUGUUAUCAAUCUAGUGAAGAAUUCAAGGAAGACACAAGACUCUUACCAAAAUGAGUGUGCAGAUUACAUCAAUGUGCAGAAAGCCAGAGGACUAGAGCCCAAGACUUGUUUCAGAAAGAUGGAAGAGAGUUCUUUGGAAACCCACAGAUACAGAGAAGUGGUCGAUUCCAGACCCAGACAUAGAAUAUUUGAACAAAGACUCCCAUUUGAGACUUUCCAAACAUACCCAGCACCAUACAAUAUUUCACAAGCAGUGGAAAAGCAGUUACCUCAUUCAAAGAAGACAUAUGACUCUUUCCAAGAUGAACUUGAAGAUUACAUCAAAGUACAGAAAGCCAGAGGACUAGAUCCAAAAACUUGUUUCAGAAAGGUGAGAGAGAACUCUGUGGAUACUCGUGGGUACAGAGAAAUGGUUGAUUCUGGACCCAGAUCCAGAAUGUGCGAGCAAAGAUUUUCACAUGAGGCUUCCCAGACCUACCAACGACCAUACCAUAUUUCACCAGUGGAAAGCCAAUUACCUCAGUGGUUACCAACCCAUUCAAAAAGGACAUAUGAUUCUUUCCAAGAUGAACUUGAAGAUUACAUAAAAGUGCAGAAAGCCAGAGGACUAGAGCCAAAAACUUGUUUCAGAAAAAUAGGAGAUAGCUCUGUAGAAAUACAUAAGAACAGAGAAAUGGUUGAUGUCAGACCCAGACAUAGAAUGUUGGAGCAAAAGCUCCCAUGUGAGACUUUCCAGACCUAUUCAGGACCAUACAGUAUUUCACAAGUAGUGGAAAACCAGUUACCUCAUUGCUUACCAUCUCAUGACAGCAAACAGAGACUAGAUUCUAUUAGCUACUGGCAACUCGCCAGAGACUGUUUCCCAGAAAAACCAGUACCCUUGAGCCUUAAUCAGCAAGAAAAUAACUCUGGCUCAUACAGUGUAGAAUCUGAAGUUUACAAGCACCUCUCCUCAGAAAACAAUACUACUGACCAUCAAGCAGGUCAUAAACGGAAACAUCAGAAGAGAAAACGACACCUGGAAGAAGGCAAAGAAAGGCCAGAGAAAGAGCUGUCCAAGCAUAAAAGGAAAAAGAGUUAUGAAGAUACAGAUUUAGACAAAGACAAGAGCAUCAGACAAAGGAAAAGAGAGGGUGAUAGAGUCAGGGUCAGUUCAGGAAAGCUUAAGCAUCGAAAAAAGAAAAAAAGCCAUGAUGUACCCUCUGAGAAAGAGGAACGUAAGCACAGGAAAGAGAAAAAGAAAUCUGUUGAAGAAAGGACAGAAGAGGAAAUGCUUUGGGAUGAGUCUAUUCUUGGAUUUUGAAUGUUUAGUUUUGUUUACCCAAGGUUGAAUUAAAAUAUAUAUAUAUGUGGAUUUAGAAAAAGACAGGAACAUCUGAUGAAGGAAAGGAGAAGUAGAUACAGUCAGUGUCACUUGAGGACACUUAGUUUUUGUAUACAAUUUUAAAUUGAAUUAAAAGGAGGGGGGAAAAAAGCCUAAACUUAACUUCUGAGAAAGAACAUAAGAACUCAAGGAGAACAUAAGAGAAAAGGUAACCUGUUAAAAAAAAAAAAAAAAAAAGACAAGAAUCUGUGUUUUGGAAUGAGUCUACUUUUGGGUAUUGAACUUUUAGUUUUGUUUGCCCAAGAAUUAAUUGAGGAAAUCAGCUAAGAAACUCGACUUAGACAAAAGCAAGAAGAUCAGAUGAAGAAAAGGAGAGGUGGAUACAGUCAGUGUCACUUCAGGAAAGCUAUUUAAGAAAACUUGAAAUUUAAUUGAAAGAAGAAACAACAACAACAAAAAAGCCUAAACCUAGCCUCUGAACAACACUAACAUGAGAACACAAGAACUUAAGAGAAAAAGAAACCUACUCAAGAAAAGACGGAAGAGACAGUGAUUUGGGAUGAAUCUACUGUAGGAUUUUCAACUUUUUAGUUUUGUUCCUUCAAAGUUGAAGGGAAAAAAAGAGUUUGGUUUUAUAAAAUUCAUGUUAUUGGAAUUUUUCUAGGUGGAUGACUACUUUAAUCUCUGAAAAAAGCCAAGUGAAGUAAAAGUAUUCAAUAUGCCUUUUCCUCAAGUUACUUUCCUUCAUUUUCUUAAAAAAGAAAAAAAAUUAUUAAAUGUUUCUCACAUAUCUCACAUAUAAUGUAAUUUCCCUAAAUGAAGUUGUCUCUACUUCUGCUCAUCAAAUUGCUGUGAUAGUGAAUUAUUUACUCAUGGGAGAUAAUUUAUUUUAAAGGACAGAAUUACCAAGCAUUACAAAAUCAAUUCUUUGCUUGGUUUUGUGUUAGUGAUGGUGGUAUUUUAUUGUUGUUUUUCUGUGUUUAUGUGUCUCAGCUUUCUCCAAGGAAUAUGUAUGAAAUAACUUAAACUGAUUUUUUCUUUGUUAAAUCUAAUUUGCAGUGUAUUUUUGCAUUUUCUAGUUCUGAAAGUGGAAAAUGAAACAGUCUAUAAUAAACUUAGAUGACAUAUAGUUUUAAAAA